AUAUCAAAAUUUGACAUUUUGUGGCUUUGUUUUGACGUCUUGGCGGAAAAAAUAAAUAAAUUGUUAGUUUUUUGCGCUUUUGGAGUUACUACGAUGGAAGAAUUCACAAGAAAAUGUUUCGUUUGCUCCACGGAGACAGUAAACUACUGGCGAAAUAUCUACACUUUACUGACAAAGCACACAAACACGCCAAUUUAUAAACUCCUGGAAAGGAUCACUGGGAUGGAGUUCCUGGAGCUGGAAAUGGAAGACAGCAAUACGGUAAUCUGCAAUGAGUGUUUUCUCAAAAUAAAUGAAUAUGAAUUGGCUGUGGAGACAGUACAGAAGCUGGAGAAUGAGUUCAUCUCCCUGCUGAAUCGAACAGGAAGUGACAGGGAUCUAAUUGUGGAGAUGAUAAAGGAUACAGAUGCGGACCCUCAAGUAUGCCUUCCGGAUAAUUUAUUCCUCGAUGGAUCAGAAAGUUCUACAAUGCACAAGAAGCGAGAUCGCCCGAGGAAAUUGAGAAGCGUUGAGGAAAUUGUUAUGACAACCAAGAUAGAGGCUGAAGAUGAAAAACUCUUCCAGGAAGGUCUAGACUUCAUAGGAACCGUAGAGACUUUUACGGCAAUUAAAGAAGCUGAAGAAGUUGGCCCUCAGAUCGUACAGGCAGUACCAAAGAGCACCCGCGAGAGCAGUAGAAUAAAAGGACUUAGAAAAGUUGAAUAUAAGACAAAUUCACAAAAUUUGGAAGACAAGAGAGUCCCUGAGAGAGUAAAGAAAACUCCCGCAAGGAAACCAAUUAGUCCGGUGAAGUGUUCAAAAUGCUCCAAGGAGUUCCUUGCAAAAUCCGAGUAUAAACUUCACUUGAAGACUCAUGAGGAUGAUCAUAAAGUCAUUUGUUACAUUUGUGGAUCAACUUAUAAGUCCAAAUCUGCUCUGGUGAUUCACAUGGGGAUGCAUGAUGGUGUGAGUCCCUUUGAAUGUACCAUUUGCAAUAAGAAAUUCACCCAAAAAGGGGCUCUUGUGCGUCACAUGCCAAUCCACACCGGUGAAAGGCCCUAUCAGUGCGACAAAUGUGGGAAACGGUUCAAACACUACUCAUCCUUUCACAUGCAUCAGCUCUCCCAUGAUGAUAUUCGGACGAAGAAGUGUCCAAUUUGCGGGCUGAAGCUUCGCUCAAAUUCCCAUCUCAAUCGUCACAUGCGGGUCCACAGCGGUGAGAAGCCUUAUGCUUGCCCAAUUUGUGGACAAAAGUUUGCUCAGAGAUACAACAUGACUUCACACUACAAAACCCACAUGGGUAUCCAUCGGAAGUACACGAAGACGUAUUCGUGCAAAGAAUGCUCAGCUUCCUUUAGGUAUAAGAAAAAGCUCUGUGAGCAUAUGUUUGAAUCUCACAGAGAAGUGGAAAAUCCCGUAUCACACGUCUCCGUGAUUACAGAUUCAUCAAUUAAAAUUGAGAGUAUUUAUUAGUUUAUUGUUUUGCCUUUUAAAAUCAGUAUUUUGGUUAAAAAAAAUAAAUUUUAAGAAGCUCAUACUGA